AAAUAAAUGGCUGAAUCUUCAUCACAAACUGAAGGCAGAAGAAGGGGGAACAUGGAAGAACCAGAAUUAUUUUCUCAUGACUCCAGCAGUCUCCUGUCUGAAGAUCUGCUGCUGUGUUCGAUCUGUGAGGAUGUGCUCACUGAUCCAGUCACCACUCCAUGUGGCCACAACCUCUGUAAGAGCUACCUUACACAGUGCUGGGACAAGAAUCAACACUGUCACUGUCCAUUAUGUAACAAGAAAUUCACCCAGAGACCUGAACUGAAGAUUAAUACAACACUGAGAGAGGUUGCAGAUUACUUCAAGAAGAAAAGUGGAUCUGACAAACCUGAGGUUCUUUGUGAUGCCUGCAGUGGAGAGAAGCUGAAGGCCAUAAAAUCCUGUCUGGAUUGUGGACUGAGUUUCUGUAAAAUUCAUUUAGAGCCACAUUAUCAUGUUCCAAAACUUAAGAAACACAAACUAAUAAACCCUGUGGAGAACCUGGUGGCCAACUUAUGCCAGAAACAUGAGAGAGCUCUGGAGCUGUUCUGUAGAGAUGAUCAGAAGUGUGUGUGUCAGUUCUGUAUUGAGACAGAUCACAAGAAUCACAACACUGUUCCUAUAGAGGAGGAGAGCAGAGAGAGGAAGACUCAGCUGGUGGAAACACAGACAGAUGUGCAGCAGAUGAUUCAGGACCGACUGAAGAAGAUAAAAGAGAUCAAACACUCAGUAGAGCAAAGCAAAAGAAGCACAGAGAAAGAGAAAGCAGACAAUGUUGAAGUCUUCACUGCUCUGAUUCGCUCCAUUGAGCGAAGUCAGGCUGAGCUGCCGGAGAUGAUGGAGGAGAAGCAGAAAGCAGCAGAGAGGCAGGCUGAAGGACUCAUUAAAGAGCUGGAGCAGGAAAUCAGUGUGCUAAAGAGGAGAGACACUGAGCUGGAGCAGCUCUCACACACUGAGGAGCAUCUCCACCUCCUACAGAUUUACUCCUCCAUGUGCAGCCCUCCACACACCAAGAACUGGACUGAGAUCAGCAUUAACACUGAUGUGAGUGUGUACACUGUGAUGACAGCUCUGUCUCAGCUUCAGCAGACUCUGAAUAAGAAACUCACUAAAUCAGUCAAUGACAAGUUAAAGGAAACAGUUUCCACAGAACUGAAGAGGAUUCAGCAGUAUGCAGUGGAUGUGACUCUGGAUCCUGAUACAGCUCAUCCUGAUCUCAUCCUGUCUGCUGAUGGAAAACAAGUGAGAGAUGGAUACAAACAACAGAAUCUCCCUGAUACACCACAGAGGUUUGAUGAGUGUAUCUGUGUUCUGGGAAAUCAGAGUUUCUCCUCAGGGAGAUUUUAUUAUGAGGUGCAGGUUAGAGGGAAAACUGGCUGGACAUUAGGAGUCGCGAGAGAGAACAUUAACAGGAAGGGGAAGAUUACACUGAUUCCUCAGAACGGAUUCUGGACUGUGAUCCUGAGGAAUAAGAAUCAGUAUGAUGCUUGUGCUGACCCCUAUGUCCCCCUCACACUGAGAAAGAAGGUGGAGGUGGUGGGGGUGUUUGUGGAUUAUGAGGAGGGUCUGGUCUCCUUUUAUGAUGUGAAGUCCAGAUCUCAUAUCUACUCUUUCACUGGUCAGACUUUCACUAAGAAACUCUAUCCAUACUUCAGUCCUUAUUUCAAUAAAAGAGGUAAAAAUUCCGCACCACUGAUCAUCUCUCCUGUAUUUAAAACAGUGGCGGAACUAGAGUUGUAUACAUGGGGUGGCCAGGGUGUGGUCAAGGCAACUUUAGCCUUCUCUGUCCAGCAAAACAACAACAUUCCCCUCUGA